AUGCCUGUGGUGUUGCGCAAACGAAAAGCGACUGAAUCGGUGCCAACCCCGGCAUUAAAAAGACAGGCUACUUCGGCUGUGUCAAAGUCGGCUUCCGUGGCUGCAACAACCACAAUCGCCAAGAAAAAGGCAGGAACUAAGAAAGUGAAAAAGGAACCUUCUGCCUCGAGCCUCCCUACCGUUGGCUCAGCCAUCGACUUUGAAACUUUCGGUGGUUAUAUCGAGAAUAAUGAGGGAGAAAAGACCACACUCAAAGCUCUUGUCGACGCCAGCAAGGCAGGUGUUGUUCUCUUCACAUACCCUAAGGCAUCAACUCCAGGAUCCAGUGGCCUGGCUAUAUAUGGUCUGUCUACGGACUCGCCAAAGGCCAACACGACAUUCAAGACGAACCAGAACCUUCCUUAUCCGCUGCUGUGCGAUCCUAAUGCGACACUCAUUAAAGCCAUCGGGCUCAAAAAGGAACCCAAGGGCACUACCCGUGGCGUUUUUGUCGUCGAUAAAGCCGGUAAAGUGCUAGUCGCUGAAUCUGGCAGCCCUGAUGGGACCGUGGAUGUCGUCCGGAAGCUGGUACAGAGCCAAACCAAGGAGUAA